AGCGAACGGUUGUCGUCGUCGUCGCGAUGUUGUUACGCAGUUUAGGUGUUUACAUUGUGUUGGCCCUGGUCCUGGUAGGUGUAGCUGGAAGGAGACCACUUGGAAUUAAGGAGGCAUUAUUGGCGUUGAAGAAAAAUCCACCCCCGGACAAUAGCUGGUGGAAAACGGCCAUCUUCUAUCAAAUCUAUCCGCGAUCGUUCAAGGAUAGCAACGGAGAUGGAAUCGGUGAUCUUAGGGGAAUAAUGGAGAAGUUACCAUAUCUGAAAGAACUGGACAUCCAAGGAUUCUGGAUGUCUCCGAUAUUCAAAUCUCCGAUGGCCGAUUUCGGUUAUGACAUUUCGGAUUACUACGACAUUCAGCCCGAGUAUGGAACGAUGGCUGAUUUCGAUGCGUUGGUAGCGGAAGCAAAAAAGCUUGGGCUGAAAAUAAUUCUGGAUUUCGUUCCAAAUCACUCGAGUGACGAGAAUGAGUGGUUCAAAAAGUCCGAAAAUCGAGAAAGUGGCUUCGAAGAUUUCUACGUAUGGCAUCCAGGCAAGCCCAACGCGGCAGAUCCGUCCAAACCGCUACCGCCCAGCAAUUGGGUCAGCUUCUUCCGGGGAAGUGCCUGGCAGUGGAGUGACAAUCGAAAGGAGUACUAUCUUCAUCAGUUCUCGGUGAAACAACCGGAUUUGAACUAUCGGAACCCAAAGGUCGUCAAACAGAUGAAGGACGUGUUGCGGUUCUGGUUGAAGCGAGGCGUUGAUGGGUACCGUAUCGAUGCCGUGCCGACGUUGUUUGAAAUCGAAAAGGACGCCGAGGGUAAUUAUCAGGAUGAACCGUUGAGUGGCAACACGAAUGAUCCGAACGAUCCUGGAUAUACCGUUCACAUCUACACGCAGGAUCGCAACGAGACGCUUGAUAUGGUCUAUCAGUGGCGUGCGGUGCUGGAUGAAUUUCAGCAAGAGAAUGGAGGCGAUGCCAGAAUCAUGAUGACUGAAUCGUACUCAAGGAUUGAUAUCGUGAUGGCAUAUUAUGGAAACGGUACGGUGCCAGGGUCACAUAUUCCGUUUAAUUUUAGAUUUAUAACGGAUUUGGGGAGAGAUUCUUCCGCUCACGAUAUUGAGAAUACGAUCAAAUAUUGGAUGAGUAACAUGCCGACAGAGGGGGCCGUGGCUAACUGGGUGAUGGGUAAUCACGAUCAACAUCGAGUGGCUAGCAGGUUUGGAGAGAACAAGAUCGAUAUCAUGAAUAUGAUCCUUCUGUCACUACCGGGCGUCGGCAUUACGUACAAUGGCGAGGAAAUCGGCAUGACCGACGUGUGGAUCUCUUACAAUGACACAGUAGAUCCGGCGGCUUGCAACGCUGGCCCAGACAAAUACCAGUACACGACGAGGGACCCCGAGCGAACGCCGUUCCAAUGGGAUGACAGCAAGGAUGCCGGAUUUUCAACGGCCAAUAAAACAUGGCUUCCUAUGUCACCGACCUACAAGGACGUUAAUGUUAAGCUACAGGAAGCGGCGAAGAAUAGUCAUCUGAAGGUCUAUAAGAAACUAGCAGCCAUGAGAAGGAGCUUGACGAUGAGGAAGGGUCUGCUAAAGACGGUUGUAAGCGAGAAUGUUUUGGUCAUCUUUAGGGAGUUGAAGAACAUCGAUACGAUUGUCACGUUAGUCAAUGUUGGUGGUUCUCAACAGGUCGUAGAUAUUUCCAACAUGGGAUACAUUCCACUGAAGGGAUUCGGGCUUUAUAGAGUUGCUUCGGUGAACUCCGUUCAUCAGGAAGGAGAGCCUGUAGCCGUCAACAGAAUCGUGUUAGAUCCCUACGAAUCCAUUAUGAUUAGUGCAAAAAGUAACUACUACUAUUAUGAGGUUCUACCUUCAUAUAGGUAAAUAUUUCUUACCUUAUAGCUACCUGUAGGCUAAGUUUAAUAAAUGAAACCUUGAAGUCUUA